AUGUCAACAUAUCCUUCAAUGUGGAAGAUAGCAGAAGUGGUACCGCCACACAAGGAAGGGAAUCCUGAAAUCGCUUCAAAUAAUCGACCGAUUUCAGUGCUGUCAUGUUUGUCAAAAAUAUGCGACAAAGUCGCACUGAAUCAGUAUACAGAACAUCUAACAAACCACAGAUUAUUGACGGAGCAUCAAAGUGGUAACCAGAAAAAACAUUCUACCGAAACACUUAACAUUGCAGUGACAGACAUGUUGUUGGAAGCUAUGGAUAAUAAACAGUUAUCUAUAUAG